GGGCCGGGGCUGGGGGCGCCCGGCCGGGGUGGGAGGCUGCCCGGGCACCUCUGCCCCCUCGGGAUGGCGGGGACAGAGCAGGGGCUCACCUUCAGGGCUGGGCGAGGCUGUAGGAAUCGUGCGGUCAGCUCCCUCCUUUAAGAGCCAGGAGGACCCGGGCUCAGAGAGGGGCGCCAAGCGGACAGAGUCACACAGCCCGCCGCCGGGCUGGCGGCCUCCUCUGCCGCUGGGAGUCCCCAAGAUUUCCCCCAGCUGGGGAGGGCAGAAGCCAGACCCGGAUACCGUCUCUCGCGACUGCCCCUCCGCAGCCUCCUGAGGCUUGGCGCCAGGGAAGCCGGUGCGGAGGGAGCAAGCCGUUGUGGCGUCCAGCUGCCAGCCUUCUGCCUGGAUCUCUGUUUCCUCGUUUUGCCAGUCUCCUGAGACAGAAGCCUUCGGGGGUAUGUUACAGCCAUGCCCGUGGACACGCUGACUCCGGGAGCCCGGGAUACCCCUGCCGCCCUGCCUUUCCGCCUCCGGACCAAGGUCCCCGGCUACCUGUUACGGCGUCCAGCAGACAGUGGAGCCCGGAAACCUAGCGCUGUAGAACGCCUGGAGGCUGACAAGGCCAAGUACGUCAAGAGCCUGCAUGUAGCCAACACCCGCCAGGAACCUGUGCAGCCCCUGCUGUGCAAACAGCCACUCUUCAGCCCUGGGACUCGCCGCACGGUGCUCACGCCUAGCCGCCGAGUGCUGCCUGGCCCUGGCCGCCGGCCCCAGCUGGACCUGGACAUCCUUAGCAACCUCAUCAACUUGUGUGAUAGUCCAGUGUCUCCUGCCGAGGCCAGCCGUACCCCUGGACGGGUCGAGGGGGCCUGCCAGCCUCCACCAGCCACGCCGCCACGCCCACCACCCAGUACUGCUGCAGUCCGCCGCGUGGAUGUCCUUCCGCUGCCAGCCUCACCAGCCCAGCCCUGCCCAUCACCAGGCACUGCUGCCUCCAGCCCGGCCCGGCCCCCAGGUUUGCAACGUUCCAAAUCGGACCUGAGUGAGCGCUUCUCGCGGGCAGCAGCUGACCUGGAGCGAUUUUUUAACUUCUGUGGCCUGGACCCAGAGGAGGCCCGCGGUUUGGGUGUGGCCCAUCUGGCACGGGCCAGCUCAGACAUUGUGUCCCUGGCGGGGCCCAGUGCUGGGCCGGCCAGCUCUGAGGGGGGCUGCUCCCGCCGGAGCUCUGCCACCGUCGAGGAGCGGGCCCGGGAGCGCGUGCCUUAUGGCGUGUCAGUGAUAGAGCGUAAUGCCCGGGUGAUCAAGUGGCUGUACGGAUUGCGGCAAGCGCGGGAGACUCCCGCAGCUGAGGGCUAGGCCUUUGCUACCCUCGGCCUUCGCCACAGAACAGAUCUUACAGAGGCUAUUGGCCUCUUGGCCCCUCCUGAGUCCAUUCCAUGGCUUGGAGCAGACCCAAGGCUGCUGCCUUGUGUGAACUGGGUAUGGAGGCAAGGGCUCGGAGGCUGGACCAGCAUCCAUCUGUCAAGGACUGACCUGGAGAGAGGUGCCUCUUGACCUUGGACCACUGCCGACCCCUCAUAUGCAGGUCUUGACAUGAAUGUACCCCGGCUCAUGGGUUUGGAUUUGGGGCACUUGGCCCUCCCCACUGAGAGUGAGGGGCCAAGGGAUCUCACCAAAGCUGUCUACUCAGCAGCUCUGCUUCUUUCUUCCUUCCUUGGCCUCUCUCCUUUGCCAACUUCCUCUUCCUUACCCAGUGGGCCUUGGUUCCCUGGGAAUCAACCCCGGAUGGGGGCAGGGAGGAAUGGCCUCUCCACUGUUCUUCAAGGGCCUUGGCAGCCAGGCGUAGGUGGGUAGACUGCAAGAGGGACUGGUAGUCUGCAGUGCUCUGACUUCCCUCCCUUUGGUUAAUAAACACAAAUGCUUGUUUUUCAAA